AUGGGCAAUAAGAACUCUACACCGCAGAGACGCAACACCGACAAUACUGAGCAGCAGCUUCAAUACCAUACACCUCAUGGUCCGGUUUCCGCAGCAGACGUGUCGAAACAUCUGGAGACUGUGCCCCCGCCUCACACACGCACUCGAUCUAACUACCCUCAUCCUUACCGAGGCAGGGAGGGCCGUGGGGUCAAUGAGACCAAGACCUUUGACGAUUAUGUCACUGGACCAGGACGAUCUCAAGGGCCUACCGGUGUGAUGCACGAGUACCCCAUCUCGACAUCUGGACAUCAAUUCAAUUUCCAGUACGACCGCCCCUGUCAGAGAGCAAGGCAGGCACAGCGACCAAUCCAUCCGAAUGAACGAGCGAACGUGAUGGGACCCAUCAACGGCCGACCGGUGAAUACCCCCGGGCAGACCCGUGCUGCUGUUCGUGUGGCUCAGGUAAACGGCGCAGAGCAAUCAACUGUUGUUGGUGUCAUGGUUCAUCCGCAAGGAAACCUGCAGAGACUUGAGCGAGCACCUCUUGAGCCACUGAGCCGCGAUGGUCGGCAAGAGAUGACCAGGCACGCUGACGAACGCGGUCGCACCCGAACGUACCCACCUCGUGGCGUAGACGCAGGUUUCGUUGGGGGUGUCGAGACAAGAUUUGCCAAGGAACGUCCACCCGCUCAUCCAGAGAUGAGGUUGGGUUGA